AUGGUCAAUCUACUUAGCUUCCAGCGAUUUUGGGAUGGUUUCAACAACGACGUCUCGUGGUCGUCCGAUGACGUGGAAGCGAGCGUGAAACUUACAGCGCAACCGUCGGAAAAUAAUGCGGUGAUGUUGCUAAUGGCACUGGCGGUGGCUAUAGAAAAGAAAGUGGCCACCGUGAGCGACAAGAGAGUGACUUUCAUUGCGUUCGUCGAUGCAAUGCAAGCUCCUGUAAGCAGAGUUCGUCGGUCUAUCAAGAAAGAAGGAUGGCAGGCGGCUUUUCGACUAUUCAAGGCCACAAAUGGCUUUCAUUCAGGCGCCAAGGUCGAUCACGGAAGCUAUGUAAACGCCCAACUUAGACAGCCUCAAGCGUGA